GUGAACUGUGGCACGCAUAUUACAAUUCAUACACACUGACUGGGCACUCGUGCUUCGCUUGCAACAAUCGCGGCAGCAGCUCACGCCGCCGACCCCUCGAGUACUCGUAGCGCGCUCCACACCUUACAAACGCUUUAAAAUGCAGCAACAGCUGCGCUGCUCGCGCGUGGCCAGCUCGCGCAUCACUCCGCGCACGCGAACGUCGAUGGUGGUGAUGGCCAGUGCCAAGCCCAAGCUGCAGCUCAUGGUCAACAGCUGCACUGGCAAGAUGGGCCAGGCGGUGGCGGAGGCCGCGCUGCGUGCCGGCGUGGAGCUGGUGCCGUACACCCUGUGCGGCCCCGCUGACGUGGCCACCAACGCCACCGUCAACGUCGCCGGCCACGCGCUGACGCUUGUGCCGCCCUCCACGCGCGACGCCGUUGUGGAGGAGCUGAAGGGCCGCUACCCGCACCUUCUCAUGGUGGAUUACACGCUGCCGGACGCCAUCCACAGCAUGGUGGACUUCUACGUGAAGCACCGCACGCCCUUCGUCAUGGGGACAACAGGCGGCGACCGAGCCAAGAUCGCGGCGCAGGUUGAGGCCUCCAAGGUGUACGCCGUCAUCGCGCCCAACAUGGGAAAGCAGAUCGUGGCGUUCCAGGCCACAAUGGACCUCAUGGCCAAGUCCUUCCCCGGCGCCUUCUCCGGCUACAAGCUCCGCGUGGUGGAGUCCCACCAGUCCACCAAGAAGGACACCAGCGGCACGGCCAAGGCAGUGGUGCAGUCGUUUGUGGAGCUGGGCGUGCCCUUCGAUGUCUCCCAGAUCGAGCUGGUGCGCGAGCCCAAGGCGCAGAUGGAGGUGAUGAAGGUGCCCGCGGACGCCAUCAACGGCCACGCCUACCACACCUACCAGCUGGUGUCGGGCGACGGCACGGUCAUGUUCGAGUUCCAGCACAACGUAAUCGGCCGCACCACGUACGCCGAGGGCACUGUGGACGCCGCGCUGUUCCUGGCGGGCCGGAUAGACGCCAACGACGACAAGACUCUGUACAACAUGAUUGACGUGUUGCGCGCUGGCGCCAUGCGGUAAAGAAGGCGGAAAAAGCCGUAGCGUCAUGGGGUGAAGGAAAGGCGGGUGGAAUGGAAGGCAUGGCGCCGCGGCGCGAUGGUUGAGGGUUCUUGAGGGGCGGCGGGCCGCUGCUUCACGAGCGAGUCGGGAGCGGGUCCAGAGCUUCGUGUCUGUGUGGAUGCGUGUUGGCGGAUUCGGGAGGAAGUAGGAGGCUGGAUGAGUUGGGAUGAGGAGGCGGUGGGAGGCAGUGCGGUGCAACCUUGCAGUGUGUGUGUGGGCCUGUGGGGCAGUGUGGGGUGAAGGCGCAGAGGUGCGGCUUCUGGAGGGGUGUAGGCUGCGCGUGGAAGUUGUGGCGUAAUGCAGGUACGGUAAAGGAUGCCAAGGGGCGCAGUGGCGCAGGCGCGGGCGUGCGGUGCUGUGCGGUGCGGUGCCGUUUGGCUGCGUGGCGUUGCUCCUUGGUUGCGCGCGUGGCGAGGCAGGCGGCAAAGGCCUGAAGACGUGGAAAGGCAUCGCAAGAAGGCUGCGAUGGCCAGUUCGAUACGGUAGACGAGGUGUGUUUGCUGCAAGUUCUGUUUUGGGUCUCGCUCGGGUGUGCCGACGAGGCCUGGGCCGCGAGGGCGGACAGCUAAGCGCGCAGCGAAUGCUGGGCGUGCGAUGCUGCGCGUGUGGAUCUAGGACAACUGAGGCCCUAGAAUGGACGCGUGGACGUUUCUUUGGAGUGUGCGGUGCCGUGGAAGUGCCGCAGCCCGGGAUGGGGCCGGCAGCUGGAUCUAUCCUGGGGACCUUGAUCUAUCCGUCCCCUUGGUAAUAUGGCAUUAU